AUACCCCAAAAAUCCCUAACUCUACUGCCCCAGUGACGGACGAUUCGCCUGCGAUGUAACAGUGAAGUAAUAUAAAUUCAUCGCUAUUACCUAACUUUUAUUUACUCUUUUCUUUCCCGCAUCUUCUACUCGCUUCCAAGCCCAAGGAGGCACAAAACAACCACUAAGUUAAGCUUAUGUUUUCCAAGCUCGCGCGAGCGCCAGUUGUGAUAGAAAGUGAAAAUAAAGUAAUAUACAAACCCGCGAGAGCCAUUUUUCUGCAUCAACCUCACCAGACGCACCGUACAGAAAGUCCCACCAUAUGCCAGUUUACGAAUGUAACAGUGAAGUAACAACGCAAAACCCGUAUAACAGAUAAGCAAAAGCGAAAACGCCGGUCGGAGCGGGCUGAGAGUGAAAAGAGGUAAAAAUCCUCGAAGCAGACGGCGCAGUUGUGUUGUGCUUGUGAGCAUUCCGAAAGAAAGUGAAAAGAGAUGAUGAUGUCGUGAAGAGAGGAGUAAUGCAAUAGCGUGUGAUAUGCAAAGUGUAACUUCGACGACGCGAAUUACUUCUUGAUCAAGUGAUAAUCCUAAAUCGAGUCUUAAACAACACAUUAGCAAACCGGCAAACUUGAACUGCUGCAUCUUCGGAGCACGUCCGCUUCGACAUUGUCAUCUGAUUGAGUUGUGAUCAGUUGACUUUGACGCAAUUCUGCAACACGACGAAGCACUGCAUUGCGCCAACAACGUCAGCGUGUAUCCUCGGCGAUUUUAUCGGUUUCCUCCAAAGUAGACGGCUGAGUGAGGUGUUCAAUCUGAAAAGUAAACCGUUUUACCUUUGUGAAGUGGAAUAACAGUUCUAGAGGCUGAGAAUAAAUACCGAACUGAAGGGUUCGAGCGCCGUGGAAAAUUGCAGGUGCAGAGUGAGCAGUUCCAGUUACCGAGCGAAAUAAUUAAAACAAAAAACCAGGAGUAUCGUCACAAUCGUGGGCUAGCGAAAAUUGCAUCCAACUCGAUAAUCCUGGCAGAUCAUCUGCUAUAAAACUGUUGCCGCCGUCGUGAAUCCCGACCUUCCCUUACGAUGAAGGGUUGGUUCGAUGCCUUUCGAGACGAUGGAGCUCCCACGUUGUACUCGUUCUCGAACCGAACCCCGGUCACAGGCGAUGUUUCAAUUGUGGCCGUUUGUGUCAUGUUUGCCACAAUCUAUCUGGCAUUUCUGGUCAUCUUUCCCGGUGUACGAAAACAGAAAUUCACAACUUUUACCACCGUUACGCUUAGCCUAUUUGUAGGACUAGUCAUUUUAGCUACCCGCCUCGGUUCAGCAUGGCACGUGGCCCAGUCGACAAUCGUCGCACCCUACAAAUCGUUUUCCCGCGAAAAGCUGCCGGCAAAAAUCGGCGCCCAUAUUGGGCUGAUGCACAUAAACAUAACCCUGGUGGCACUUCCGGUUGGAAAUUGGACCCAGCCGGAUAUUGAUUUUAACGAACAGUUCAGCUGGAAUCAAGCCAAUGACAUGGGCAAUUCCUAUCGGAAUGCGCUACAGCGGGGUUUGCCGUAUCCCAUUCUGACUGUGGCAGAGUACUUUAGCCUAGGGCAGGAAGGAUUUUGCUGGGGCGGCCAGUACCGGGCAGCUGGUUACUACGCUAGCAUUCUACUAUGGGCAUCGUUUGCGUCAUGGUUACUGAUGAAUCUACUAUUGGUAGCAGUACCUCGUUACGGAGCCUACACGAUGGCACUCACCGGAGCACUGCUGGUUGGUGCCAGCAUCGGAUAUAACAUGAUGCUUCCGAAACGACCGUUGACAAUCUUCAUCGAGGGAGGACAUAUAAGUUUCCAUCUGGGAUGGUGUUUCUGGCUUGUGCUGGUUGCAGGCAUACUGUGUUUAUCAAUUGGACUGGUUAUAUCCGUUAUUGACCUGGUGUGGCCACACCGUUUUUCGACGAUUCUAGAAGUUUAUUAUGACACCCCUUAUGACCGACACGUGAUAUUGGAAGAAUCUCACGAUGUCCGAUACCGCAAACGUAAUAGCAAAGGUCUAGAAGAUCCCCCUGGUUUAGGAUCACGCAUUCUACGCCGCUUAUCGUCGAAAACUCGCGACCAGAGCAGCGACAAGAUGGGUAUCGAAAACCGUGCCUUCCAGCAUGAAGUUCCUAAGUCACCCUGGCGUUAUCCGUUCCGAAGAAUGCAGCAAACGCCACCGCAGGGUAUCCAGCGGACCGUUUCACAAGAUUCCAACUCCAGUAUUGCAUCUGCCGCCGCCAUGUCUCCGUCACUGCACAAAGUGGCACUAUCCAGAAUGCUACCGAAACCCCCUCUCGAACGAACUCGUGAAAUAUCUAACUGGUGAGCAAAAGUAUUCCGUCAACCAUUGCUCAACCACCAUGAAAAGUUAGCUGCCAAUCCUCAUACACAAAUGUUGAGAACAUAAAUGAUUAACAUCGAAAACACGUGUGCAACUUUACGUGAUGAAUCUCUUGUGAUAUUAAAUCGUAAAAAGCAGAAUUAUAUAGAUUGCAAUAACUUAAACUAACCGAGGGAAGAAAACAGACAACACAGAAAACAUGGAUCACGUUUAACGACUUACUAUACAAAUAGGACAAACAAUUUUAUUUAGAUAGGAGAUAAUUAAUAAGGACACGCAGAAAUGGCUUCGUAUGGAGCAGAUUUUAACUAAGUUUUGCAGUAGUAUUCUAUGAAUUAUUCCAGAUUUUUUUAAAAUUCGACUAUUCGCGUAUAUUCAUGAGCGCAUUUAUGUAGAAGACACAAGAAAUGAGCCAUCAAAACAGCAUAUUGCAUGGAUACCUUAUAAAAUUGCAGAAGAAAGAAACCUAGUGAAGUGUAAGUGAUUCUUGAAUCGUUAAGUAUUAAUAAAGUAAUUGUGCCGUUUACAUGUGGACUAGCUGAGAUUAGGCAUCGAAACAAAUGGAAUUAAAUUCAGAUUUGAUUGUUGCGUCAGUUCUA